AUGAGGGUCGCCAUGGAAGAAAGGCUAACUAUGCGCGUAGGUGGUCAAGUCGAAGUCUGUUACAAAGACGAUGGCUUUGAUGGCAUUUGGUACAAAACCACUAUCAAGCCAGCAACUCCAACGAAACCCAAAUCUGGAUUACAUGUGACUCCUCUUACUGCACACUCCAAAAAUUGCUUGAUUCGACCUGUUCCUCCUGUCCAUGUGCAAGCUCGCAUCAGUAUCGAGGAAGGCUGCGUCGUUGACGCGUCUCGUAACGAUGGGUGGUGGACUGGUCUUGUGGUCAAGGAGAUUGAGGAUAACAAGUUCUUGGUGUUCUUCGAUUCAGCGGAUGAUAUUUUUCAGUUUGAGAGAAAGGAUUUGAGACCUCAUCUUGACUGGGUCGAUAAGAAAUGGUGGGUCGUACCUAAACCUAAAUUACAGCUCUUCAAACGUUUGACUGAGGAGUCCAUGUUUAGUUCGGGUACAAUGGUGGAAGUGAGAUCCAAGCUUAAUAAAGUAGAAGUCAUAUGGGUUCCUGCAAUGAUUAUUAGAGAAAUUGAGGAGAUUGACAAGGAUGAUGAAGAGAGUGAGGAGGAUGAUGAUGAAAAGAGUGAGGAUGAUGGUGAUGAUAAAGAAGAGAUUGAGGAUGAUGAUGAAGAGAUUGAGGAGGAGAAUGAGGAUGGGAAGAAGUAUAUUGUUAAGUUUUGUGACAAGUCAUUGAGCUGCGAAGGUAGCGAUACUGAUGAGACGAGACUUAACAAAACCGUUGGUUUGCGUAGUGUUCGGCCUACACCGCCUCCUUUUUCGGUUGGAGAGUUUCAGUGCAUGGCAAGUGUAGAGGCGUUUCUUGGUACAGGAUGGUAUCAAGGGCAAGUGACAGAGAUUCUCUCUCAGAGACGGUAUACGGUUCUUUUAAAGGCUAAAAAUGAGGAAUUCGUGUUCGACCACUCGGAUCUCAGGCCUUUUAAGGUGUGGGAAGAUGGUGUUUGGAAGGCAAAGGACACGCCGUUAAGUCAAGCAUCAGGAAAUAAGAUGGAUGGUAAUACUCCAUCACUAACAAAAGAACCUGGUCCACCUGUAACCCCAUCUCCGGGCAUAACUCCGCAACCGUUGAAACAAGCAGAGGCUGAAACUCAAGAAAAGUCACGCAAGAGGAGACUUCUGCAAGUGUUAAAUCAGAUUGGCUUCGGAUACGAUUUAACAAAUGAGAAUGAAAAUAACGAAGAUGACAAUCGAAAGAGGAAAAGAGUUGCUAGUGUUGAGGAAAACGAAGCAAAUGAUACAAGUACAACAAUGGAUUUGCCUUUUGAGAAGAAGCUACGGAUUUGGAAAACAGUUGAAUCAAUGGAGGUAUUCAAAACAGUCCCACAAACUCCACAUUUCAGGCCAUUGGUAGAGACUCAAGAAGACAUCCGUGAAAUGUCUGCGGUUGGUAUGAUGUUUACCUAUUCAGACUUACUAGAAGAAGUCAAAGGUCUUCGAUUCUUCAAUCCCAUAAGCACAUUUAAAGGCCACAUUGAAUCCUUUGCCGUGUUAGAGAAGCACGGGUCUGAUGUAAAAGAGCCUCUUUCGCGGAUCCAGAAGCUCUUGUCUCUGAAAGAUAGGCAAGCAAAGAAAAUGGAGGAACUGAUAGGUGCUGAGAAAGGGAUUUCAGAGAAAUACGGCGAAAUGGUUGAGAACAGACGCAAGAUUCUCGAGCUGCAAAGACUGAAUGAAGAGGCGGAGAAGGAGAUAGCUCAGAUGAAGUCAAGUGUGGAGACGAUUGACCAAGAGCUUGAAGAUGUGGAGCUUCAGUUUCAAACAACUGCAUCAGGUCCAUGGUAA